GCUGCAACCUCACCGGCAGCAGGAAAAGUUUGCAAAUGCCACCAGCCCCUCGCCCGAGGAGAGCUCUGGGGCAGGGAAGGGGGAAAAUACCCCCCGAGAGGAGGAAAAUCCGCAGCCGAGGGAUGCCGAGGGUGAUGAGGGACGGGCUGCGCCGCUAGAGCCGCUACCUCCGGGGAGAAAAGUUGAGCCUUGUGCAUGGGGAAAAAGCCAUCGGGGACCGGGAAAGGGGGACACCGGGCUCCGCGUCCCCUCCGCGCUGGGGAUGUGGAGAAGGGGGGCUCCCCGCUGCGCCCUCCCGCCCAGCAUCCUCCCAAGCCGGGCCGGGAGGGGCGGAGGGGCCGUGCCCGAAGCCCCCGGCUCAGCCCGCUGUCCGUGGGGGUCCCUGCCCUCCAUCCCAGACCCCCUUCCCAGGACCCAGGGGUGGGGAGCAGCGGCGGGGGCGCCUCCCAGAGCCCCCCCAGGUGUGGAGGGCAGGUACCGCUGCAUCCCCGCCGGCCCUCCCGGGGCAUCCUCCGGGGCAUCCUCCGGGGCAUCCUCCCGCAGCCCCCGCUGCCCGGGCGGGGCGGGGGGCUCCUUACCUGGGAACGCUCCUCGCUUGCUUUGGCUUUGCAGAGAGAGUGGCCGGUUGCUCCUCCUUUCUCCAGCCCACCCACCUCUGGGAGAGGGGAGGAGGCGGAGGAGCGCAGGUUGUCUCUGGAGGGGAUCCCCCAAGGCGCUUUUCGUCGUCCUAAAGUUUGCAGGGGAUGGGGAAAGGGAUGGGGACGGGGAGGGGAGCGCGGCCGCCUCCCGGGGCUGCCAGCGCCGCCGCCGCCGCUCUCCCACGGCUGCAACUCCGGCUGCCUGGAUUCCUGCUCCUCCGGCUGUGCCCCGCUGCUGUUCCCCGGCUCGGACCCAGCGAGGAGGGGAGCGGAUCAGAGCGGGCGUGGGGAGGUUCAGGGGGAGAUCAAUCCCUCAGCUCGGCUGAGCAGUAAUCCUGGAGAGCGGCUGCAAGCUGCUCCCCUGGCCCGGGCUCCCUUUAAUUCCCGCCAGCCGCAGGAAUAA